GCCUGGGGGAAGAAACUUGUUUUGCUUCGGAAUUGCUCCUCUGUUCUUGAACUUCAUUCAGUGUUUUCCCUGGUUUCAUUCUUUUUAUUUCCUAAUUUGAAUGCAGCUGUGCUCUUUAAUUAGCCUAACUUCUGACCCAACGUGAUCUCACACUGAACCAAACUGAGUUCUGUUUUUCCCAGGAGGGCUGGAUGUAAAGAAAAAAACAGCAUGGUGGGAGUGGAGUGCAGGUCUGAGCUGGUGAGGGUGUGAUCCCUUUUCAACCGAAACAGACGGCCAGAAGGAGUCAGACUGCUGGGGGAGGAGAGGAAGAAUGGCUCAAAAUGUUAACUUUGACCUGCACUACCCCCUCAUGGAAGCUGGCCUAGAGAGCCCAAUAGAUGAGGAAGGUGUUCAUGACUCGUUCAACCAGCUGAUAGCAGAGCAGAGUCAGAAUGGAGGACUCUCAGACGCAUUUGAGCUGCAGCAGCUGCAGAAAGAACUGGACGAAGAAGGUCGAGAUGAUUUAGGCUACCUGUCAAGCCCUGGACAUGAGUUUAGGGGCAGGAUGGGGGGGCAGAGGGACAUGGAAUGGGAAAAUGAUGAAAGACAGGUAGACCCACUCAUAGGUGAACGAUGGUCCUCAGCCACUAUGAAGGUCCUGUCCUCCAUGCCAAGCCGCACCAUCGGUCGCAGCAGAGGAGCCAUCAUUUCUCAGUACUACAACAGAACCAUGCAGCUCCGCAGACGGAGACAGAGCAGGCCUGCCAUCAAAGACUUCUCUCGCUCUGCCAGACCGAGUAUACGAGGCUAUGGCAUGGAAGCAGACAGUACAGACGCUGAGGAAACAGAGGUGAGUAAGAGGGAACGUUUGGUGAACAACCUGCAGAACCUGUCUGUGAGCGACCGUGUCAGGAUGCUCAGAGCAAUGCCCCUCAGUGUGAAAGAGAAGGGUGAACUCAGGAGGCUAGCAUUACAAAAGGAGAAACGCACACUCUCUGGCAGCAAGAUCCCCUGCUGCAGUCGACUCAAAUACUACAUUAUCAUUGCUGUGAGGCAGAGUUGGUACAGCUGGCUGUCCUUCCUGCACUCCCUCCAGCUGUGGCAAGUUGCACUCAAGAGAGUGGGUGGGCGCUUCGGCUCUGGGGUCCUUUCCUAUUUCCUAUUCCUGAAAACGCUGCUCUUCUUCAACCUUUUCCUGUUCCUGGUGACGGGAGCGUUCAUGGUUCUGCCUCAGGCAGUGCAUCCACCACCAGUGGAGAGACGUUCCUUCUCUGGACUGGAGCUCCUCACUGGAGGGGGCUAUUUCUCCGACUCUGUGAUGUACUAUGGAUACUACUGUAACUACACAUUGCAUAACAGCUGCAGGGAUGCUGCUGGUGCACAGAGUGUCUCUCUGUCAAAUGAAACCAUUCAGGAUUGUGUGUCAAAGCAGCACUCGUACAGCAUGCCACUUGCUUACUUCUUCACCAUAGGUGUGGCUUUCUUCAUCACAUGCAUCAUCCUUGUGUACAGCAUGUCAAAGUCAUUUGGUCAGAGCUUCCGAAUCGACAAAUCUCACAGUAUCUUGGCCAUGAAGGUCCUCUGUUCCUGGGACUUCAAAGUUAUUAAGAAAUCCUCAGUGAAGCUCAUGUCUGAGAAUAUCUGCACCCAGCUCAAGGAGCUGCUAGCAGAGGUGAAUCAUAAGCAAGUCAAAAACACUGUUCGUCAGAGGCUGUGCAGACUGAUGGUUCAUGGUCUGGCGUGGUCCAUCUGUAUCGCAAGCACCACUGCAUGUGUGCUUGGUAUAUACUACUUCUCUGAAUACAUGCAUCAGAACCUCAGACAGACCUCUCGUAGAAUCGUCAAGAACCCAUUGUUGAACGAGGCUAGUCUGCUGGCUCUCCCUGUGGUCGUGUCCCUCAUUAAUCUGCUUCUCCCUGGCCUGUUUAACCUCGCAGCCUGGAUGGAGGACUACGACUCUCCAACUGUACGCACAUAUGUCGCCAUCAGCAGGAACUUGAUGUUGAAAGUGUGUGUGCUUGGUGUCCUGUGCUACCAUUGGCUGGGCCGAGUGGCUUCUGACCCGGAAAGCAUUGGACUUAAGUGCUGGGAGAGUUUUGUCGGUCAGGAGCUUUAUCGUUUCCUUCUCAUGGACUUCAUCUUCACUCUGCUGUACACCUUGUUUGGAGAGUUUCUUUGGGGGUUGUUUUCUGAGCGGGUCCUGAAGAGGAGGAGGAAACCCGUGUUUGAUAUUGCUAGGAAUGUCCUUGAACUCAUCUACGGACAGACACUGGCCUGGUUGGGAGUCCUCUUCACUCCUCUCUUGCCUGCAGUGCAGAUUCUCAAACUCUUCCUGCUUUUCUACAUAAAGAAGAGCAGUGUGAUGAUGAACUGCCAGGCACCGAGGAGGCCUUACAGAGUCAGCCAGAUGCACACAAUCUUUAUCACUCUCCUCUGCUUCCCCUCCUUCCUUGGAGCCUCUGUGUGUGUCACGUACACAAUGUGGAGUAUUGCCCCCUCGUCCUCAUGUGGUCCGUUUCGUGGACUUAAAACAAUGUUUCAGGCAGGGAAGCGUUGGGUGGAGGAACUGGAAAAAGCUAAUCCCAACCUGUCCCUGCUGGCCAGGGCUCACUCUUACCUGGUGGAAAAUCCUUUCUUCCUGUUUGUCGGGGCAGGUAUUUUUCUGAUCGUAAUCUACUUCCACAGUCAGGUGGUUGACGGUCAGAGGAAGAUCAUCUCCUUACUGCAGGAGCAGAUUGAGAAUGAAGGGGAAGAUAAAAAGUUUCUGAUCACUCGCCUGCAGUCUAUCCAUGAGCAAAAACGAACUCCUGCACGGAGACUCACGCAUCGGGACUCAAACUAUUAAGAUCCAAGCCUCUGCAGGAAUUUUAAACCAGCGAGGAUAUAACUGGAAUGAUAAGAUGCAAGGAAAACUGUACAUACUGUAUGACCAAACUGAUGUUUCAUGGAUUUGGUUGUUGACUUACCAGGAUUUUAAUAGGUGGAACAUCUGUGGUCAGGAGAUGGGAGAAUCAGUGAAAAAUGUCUGAUCUACACAUCAUGUCUGCAGAACAAUUGCCUUACAUUAAGCUUUAGGAAGAUGAACUGUUGUGGACAAAAAAUCUGAGAAGAGAUUUCAGUCAGUCAUAGAAGCACUUUUUAUAUCAACUGUGAACAAAUAUGUUUUCAUUUAUAAUGCAGAAAAUGUAUGCAGUCUGGACAGAUUUUUUUAUUGUUUUAAUAUUUUUUAAACUGUUUAAUUAGUAUGAAUGUUGAAGGUACAUACUGGAUGCUGUGGGUGUGAGUAUGCUACUCUUGUUUUUAUGAGCUCUUUCUGAGCUCCUAGAGGGGACAACGACAAUUGUUUUAUUUUUUAAUGCUUUUAUAAAUAAAUUAUGUUUUAUCAUUUCA